UAUAUAUAUCUUGAAACUGAAAGCGGAACUAGUCGAAGAUAUUAUUAAACAGGCGUCUUCAAAAGCUUGCGAACUCACGAUCUGAAUUCCGAGUCGACUCAGGCGAUUUUCUUCUUCUUCUCCAUGAUUAUAUGAACACAGAUUAUGCUGAUUGUAUUGAUAAUAAUGGAGCUUUUUGAACUUUGGUUAUCUCAGCCACCUCUCUGAACUUGUCUAAAUGGCAGCUGGAACCGCACCACCAAGAGGAAGCGCAGCGGCAGCUGCAAGCAUGCGGAGGAGGAGAAUGACAAGCGUUGCGGGUGGUGGCUCAGGAGGGGUUGCAGGGAAUAUGCUUCAGUUUUACACAGAUGAUGCUCCAGGACUCAAGAUCUCUCCAAAUGUUGUGCUUGUCAUGAGCAUUGGUUUCAUUGCUUUUGUUGCCGUUCUCCAUGUCAUGGGCAAGCUGUACUUUGUUCGUAGGGACUAGGGGAAGGCUUCAUAAUGUGUAAUAACUGUAGCAAAAUAUGUUCAAUGUCGUGAUUUUCAAUUUUGCUUGAUAAUGGAUACGACGCAAAAUAAUUUGUAUUCAAUGGAUUAAAUCGAAGUUGAGUAUUAUCUUUUACUUUUAAAAAUCAGGUUAUAAAUUUUUUAUUU